AUGUUGCUGACUCUUAAACCUCCGACCGGUGACAGUGAAUCCAAUGAGUACACGCUCGUUGAUCAACGGAGAGCGCCCUCGCGGGCUUCGCAGUGGUCUCAGUCCUCAUCCUGGUCCGGUUCGACGUCUAUGGAAUCCUCUCCUAGAAGCCUCCCCUCGCCUACUCCACUAUACCAUUCAAUGACAGGUCACCGCUUGGCCCCCAAGAUGCCUGCUGCUCUACCUCCGGCGCCUGGCUCCUGGGAAAGUGCCGAGACGAUGUACCAUUGGUUACAGGCCAAGAUCGAAGAGGACCGUCGCUGUCAAGAGGAGGAAAAGACCCGUCAAGAAACGCUGAAGCUGGAGCGGCGCAAAGCUGACCAUGCGAUCCUCGUGGAUGCACUGCGUGCAGGUGUGCCGCCGCACCUGAUCCCCUUGGUUGUAUUGAACGGAGGUGGCAGCGCAAAAGCUACGCUCGAUAUACUCCAGCAGCACGUUACAGAUCUAACUAGAGAUCCCCCAGUGCCGCCGCCUCAACAGCCAGUCCAUUCUCGCCCAUCCCCACCGCCUCUUCCACCACUCAGUCAUCAAUUCUGUCAACCAGCGACAGAAGAGUCGCCACGGGAUAUGCGCACCGUUCCUUCCCAUGCAUAUGCCUCGCCUGCGCAUAAUCAGUCCACGAGAGGCGGAAACAGUUCAUCACAACUGCCAGCUGGUGGACGAGGUGGUAGUCAUACCCCGUUUAUCUCGACUGUAAGCACUUCAAAUAAGGGGGCCGUUUUUCAUCUGCCUCGGCCGAUGGAAUCGACUGCGCGAAGUCAAUCCGCUACCGGAGUUCACGCUGUUCAUUACAUUGGUGCUCCACCACCGCCACAACACCCUUCUCCCCGCGGUCCACGGGAACCACAACCUGGCCGUCCUUCCCCAUCGAUAUCCUUUCAUCACUGGGUCCCUCCAGGCCAGUCGCAAACUCAGGUUCGGUCAAACACGACCCAAGAGGAGCGUGUACUGCCAUCAAACGCACCGUUUCACAUCCGCUCCGAGAUGCAGGAUUCUCCGGGCCGCAAACGAAAAUCGCAAUCUAUCCAUCGGCAGUUGCCUCCACCAUCGUCCCGAUUAUCUGAUGCGCCUGAGAGAAGCUCUCGGUACCGUCGACAAAGCCCGACUGAUAGCCAUGCCGGGCAGGCUGGCCUGCACGGGGAUCAUCGACAGCAAAGUCAUGUAUCCAGCUCCCAUGAAAUCUUGGCCACAGCGCGAGGUUAUACCAAUCAAGUUCGAGAUGCAGUGCAGCCUCGGCCUGUCGAACCAUCAGUAGCCACUGAACAGGGCCUUGAGAAAGACGAGGGACGAUCGCCGGGUGGAGAUAUCAAACGCGAGGAGGACAACAGAGGGCCGGACCGAGAAAACGAUAGUCGAUCUUCCUCUCGAGGGCAAGCAUCUCAUGCGGAAAAAACUUCUGCUCCCCCACAAGGCACAGGCAGGAACACCAGGUCUGGUGGGAUGGCUGGUCGGGGUGACAGGGAAUGA